UAAAGGAGAAGUAGGAGACUUGAGGCAUGGUGUUCUUCUUCCUCCUGGCCUCCAGUCUCCACUCAAUGUCCCUCGCGUCGCGCAGCUAGCUGCUUAAACAAACGCUAAAGCACAGCCCCUUCAGGAACAUACAAGAAAAUCAUUCUGGGCGAAAAAAAAAAACAAAGAGUGGUCUACGGCCAGGGGGAUGACAUGCAUGUGUCCAGGCUGUUAACAACGUUGAGGAUUUUAAGACUAUUAGGCUGCCAGCACCCAAGCCAUGAUGGACAUACUGUACACAGGCCCUGUCCCGGCAGACCGCGAGUCUCCCAUGGCUCGCAGCGAGACGUCCCCCGGUCGGGCGCAGGGCUCGUCCCAGCGGCCCAACGCCUGCUGCUUCUGCUGGUGCUGCUGCUGUAGCUGCUCAUGUCUCACUGUUAGGAAUGAAGACGAAAGGCACGACAGGAAAACGUCCCAGGACACCAAGCUGGAGACCAUACCAAACUGUGAACCUUGCCCCAAACCAACGAUAGAGGAGAUGCGGCUGUGGGCGCAGUCCUUCGACAAGCUGAUGAAGAACCCGGCGGGCCGCAACGUGUUCCGUGAGUUCCUGCGCACGGAGUACAGCGAGGACAACAUGCUCUUCUGGCUGGCCUGCGAGGAGCUCAAGAAGGAGCUCAACAAGAGCACUGUGGAGGAGAAGGCCCGCAUGAUCUACGAGGACUACAUCUCCAUCCUCUCACCCAAGGAGGUGAGUCUGGACGCCCGUGUGCGCGAGGGCAUCAACAAGAAGAUGCAGGAGCCCACGCAGCACACGUUUGAGGACGCCCAGCUGCAGAUCUACACACUCAUGCACAGGGACUCCUAUCCCCGCUUCCUCAACUCCUCCAUCUACAGGUCGCUGGUGCACACGGGUUCACGCUCCUCCUCUGAAUCGUAGACCCCCUCCACCCGGACCCCCAC